AGUAAUCCCAAACUUAACUUCAGCAACAAUUUUGUUGACACUUUGACAUGGCUCUACGGGAUCUUAUUAGAUCUUUGGCAACUUAAAAAAGUGUUUUGAAACAUAAGAUAGCGAUAUUUAAGGAUUAAAUUGUGCACAGAACUUUGCAAUCGUAUUGCAUUUAUUCCGAAGUGCUGCGCUGUAGAUUUCCAUUUGGCGAUUUUCUGCGUUCUACAUCACCGUUGCCAGGAGCAACCACAACAACAUGAUGGAAACUAAUUUUGCAGCUGAAUUGUGGAAAAUGCUGUGAAGUCCUCAUUCCAGAGGAUGAGUCCUGGUCCGACGCCCGCUCUGUCGGCCCUACGGACCCCCCAGGCGAAAUGCCUCACAGUAGGGGGUCGGGCCGAUGGAGGAUUCCUUCAGUAUGUCCAGCUUCUCAACCCUAGGAACAGCAUGUCCAUUACAAAUACUAAAGGAUUACUUAAUAUGCCGGGUCAAAACAACUGCUUCCUCAACAGUGCUGUACAGGUUUUGUGGCAUUUAGACAUUUUUCGUAGAAGCUUUAGAGAGCUUAAUGGGCAUGCUUGUAUGGAAGAUUCAUGCAUAUUCUGUGCUUUAAAAGAAUUAUUUGCGCAGUUCCAAUACAGCCAAGAAUCAGCCCUUCCACCUGAUGCAUUGCGUCGUGCAUUAGCCGAAACUUUUUGUGAUCAGAGAAGAUUUCAAUUAGGAUUCAUGGACGAUGCAGCUGAAUGCUUUGAAAACAUUUUAAUGAGGAUUCAUUUCCAUAUUGCUAAUAAUGAAUCAGAAGAUAUGUGCAGUGCUGCACAUUGCAUACCCCACCAAAAAUUUGCUAUGACAUUAGUUGAACAAACCGUGUGCCACGCAUGCGGAGCUACUUCUGAACCUUUGCCCUUCACACAGAUGGUUCAUUAUGUACCUUCCUCAGCACUUUGCUCUCAGGCAAAGUUGAUGAAGGAAAAAAAUGAACCUAUGCCAAAUUUUAGUGAAUUACUUAAGAGAGCAGGUGGACUUGGAGAUCUGAGAGAUUGUCCGAGUUCAUGUGGUGCUGUUAUUCAGAUUAGAAAAACACUCAUGAAUCGACCAGAAAUAGUAAGUGUUGGACUUGUUUGGGAUUCUGAACGCCCAACCAUUGAUCAUAUUAUGGAUGUUUUCAAGACUAUUGGAAUGUCUCUUAAACUUCAAGAUGUAUUUCAUUCUGUUGUUGACAGUCGAUGGGCAGCCUCUGCAACUCAUCAGCUUGUGGGAAUAGUGACAUAUUAUGGGAAACAUUAUUCAACUUUUUUCUUUCAUACGAAAUUAAGAGUGUGGAUAUAUUUUGAUGAUGCUGCAGUUCGAGAAAUUGGACCUAAAUGGGAGCAAGUGGUUGAGAAAUGUUGCAAAGGACAUUUCCAACCUUUGUUAUUACUUUAUGCCAAUCCUCAUGGAACACCAGUAAACACUUCUACUGCUCCAAGAUUAGUAACUGUUGUUCCAGGACACAAGAAGAAUUUAAAUGCUCAAGAAUCUUGUGGUUUAAGUCUAGGACAUGAUAAACAUUCUAGGAUGGGUCAGCAUCAGACAACAGGCAAUCAGAGGCGAGCAUUAACUCCUAAUCCAGAAGUGUCAAGUGAUAUGAAUACAAAUAUGCAACCUCGUAGAGCUGUUACACCAAGUGGGGAUCUUACUUGGUGGGAUGAAAAUUUAAAAGAACAGGACAAUGCACCUGCUGCCAAGAGUUCUCAAAGCAAAGAUGGUUCUACCUCUCAGAGUUUUGGUAGCUAUGUAAAUGAAGUAUAUCAGAAGUUGCAUUGUGUUCUUAGAAAUCCUGAUCACAGUUUUUUGCCAAAUACUAAUACUGGAGACAGUGCUUUGUCUUGGAAAAGCCGUUUAGCUGCAAGGCUUUCAGUACCAAACUGUUCUUUUAAUAUAUCUAAAACAAACAGCAGUUCUGAUGAUAAUGGACAUUUAACUUCUGUAGGUGAUAUCCUACAGUCUGCAUCAAAAACAGCCAUGCCUGAAAAUGCAUUCCAUGGCCAAGCUAAUUCAAAUUUGCAAACUUUGGAUUCACCUGAACAUUCUAUUGAUGGUACUUACAUUAGUCGACAAACAGUGGAAAACAUUCUUCAGUUGCAAAAACUUCAACGACAGAGGUCAAUGAAUAGUAAGAUUGGGAAUCCAAUUGCUGGACAAAGGAACAGCAGCAGCAGCUUGGAGUCUUUGGACAAUGUAUUUUCAUUGAGAGACAAAGGUCUGCCAAGUCAUCUGAAAUUUGAUAUUCCAGAUGCUGCAAAUGUUGCUAGAAGGAGGGACUCUGGGAACUGGAGUGGGGAUCGAAAUAGUGCCAGCUCAUCCAGUACAACUUCAUUGGAUAAUCCCUACUUUUAUGUGGUGGGAAACAAAAAAUUCCCAGCUGGUGUAAGAAAUAGCCGACCUGGAGAAGCACCAUUUUUGACAGAUCCUGGGUAUGACUCAUUUUCACUCUCCAGUUCAGAUAGUUACCCAUCUGCUAUCAACAAUUCUCCUGGUAAACUUGAUUCCAGACUCGGACAGAUACCAGAAAAUGUUCAAACAGCCUUUGUACCUUAUGACAUAUCUCAGUUGCAGUAUUGCCUUAAAGAUUUGAAGUCCAAUGAGCAUUUUCCUUUUGGCUUUAAAGAUGAAUGUGAUAAACUAUGUGCUGAAGCAGAUAUAUUUGUUGCCAAAUCAAUUGAACGAGAAAAUGUUGGUGAUAUAUCAAUGGCUGCUCUUCUUAGUGAUACUGCUGCAGCUCGUGCAAGAGCUGCAAUGGAUGUGCCAUAUACGAAUAGUCAGGCAUUGGCUAUGGCAAAAAUGAAGCAUAGCAUGUGCUUAAUUAGAUCUUCAAACUUGCAUAAAAAACUGAAAGAGGCAGAAGUUGCAUUGCGGCGGAAACAAAAAGAAGCUGCUUUGGAGUCAUCUCGCAAAGAAUCCUUCUCUGUUUCAAACAAUAAAUUGCUAGAAAAUACACAAAACUUCAAUAAGGAAGGGCCAGAAAAUUCAUCUGAUGAUGUUUCCAAAAAUGGUCAGAAACGGUCAAAUUCAAAACAUGGUGAAGAACAAACAGGCAAUGAUAAGAAUAUUGAAAUCUAUGCUACUUUACCUAAAAGAACACUGAAAAAGAAGGGGGCUUUGUCAUCUUUUAUGGAAUCUAGAACAGGAGAUGAGAGUUCUGAAGAAAAGAAUUCUAAAGACAAAUCUAAAACACUAGAAGAUAACAAAAAGUGUUCUUCUAAGAAAAUUGAUGGUAGUGUGAGUGAUAAAGAUGACAAAUCUCCAAAAUCACCAAGUGGUAAAAAGAAGUCUCAUUAUAAAGUACAAAGUAAAGACUCGGAUCUUAGUGAUUAUUCCAGUGAAUGGGAGCAAACAAAGAAAAAUUCUUUGUAUAGAACUUACUCUGGCCCUACUUCCAAUGCUAAAAAUGAGUUGUCAGAUCUGAGCUCUGGUAGCACCCAAACUUUCAGUGACCAUCCAUCUAAAAAGCAGCAUAGAAUUCGUAGGAAACUGAUGGGAGGCUUCAUGCGACGCAAAAAUCGUAGUUUACCAGAUCUCAGAGAAGGUCAAGAUCCUGGUGGAGAGACUGCCAGAUCAUUUGAUGAUUGCUUUUUUACACAAACACCUGUGUCUUGUAGGAAAAGACAAGAAAACGUUUCAUUCACUCGUGGGGAAAAGAAAGUUACUCAUCAAGAUCCUAACAAUUCUGCACCUGCUAAGUUUGCUGACAGCAAAUUGUCAAAGAAUAAUCCUGCUAGAGCAAACACACCACCACCCUAUAAACCCCCUCCCGCCAUAACUCAUUCUAAUUCACUUGCAUCACCGAAGAAAAGUAUUCAACAUUUUAAUCAAGAUAUCAUAAAACCAGAUAUACAGCACCAUCAUUCUGUGACAAAUUCUGCACCUCAUCAAGACAUCAGUAUAAAACAGAGAACUCAUCCACAUCAUGCAUUGCUCACUAGAGACCCAAAAAGUCAUAGAAAAAUUAGUCUUCCCACUCCCCCACAUAAUCAUCAUGAAAUUGCAUCAGGUAGUGCAGUUUGGCUAAAAGAAUUGCAGUUAAAACAAGAAGAAAUCAAUCGAAAACGGAAAUUACAGGAGGAAAGAGAGAGAUGGAUUAAUGAAUGCAAAUCGGGGAUUGAUGGAAAUAUAGUUGGUCCCAUCAAUAAAAUUGAAAAUGUGAGAAGUGUGGAAAAUCACAAUCAACAGAAACCUGCUGUUGUGAAAGAAAAUCAUAGCACACAAAGUUUGCCCAAAUCAGUGACAAGCAGUGUGAAAGUCAAUCCUGCAUGCUCCGAAACUGAACAACCAAAAUCUGUUAAAGAUCUUACUUCCAAAUUCGAAAAAAUAUCAUUUCCACCUAAUUCUCCUGAAUCAACAGCUGAAGAUAGAACAAAUCAUUUUGUUUCACCUUCCUCAUCUCAUUUAGACAGCCAUUUAAUUCAUCCAGUGACUGAUCACAAGACAUUAACUGUACAGCAUAAAGACAUUGACAAUUCUAGAUCUCCUUCAUCUACAAAUCUUCCAUAUACAUCACAGUCCUUAGAAAAACCACUUAAGCAAUCUGAAUUUCCUACCAAAGUGGGUGCAUCAGACACUAAAGAAAGAUCAAAUAGUGCAAGUGUUGCUAAAGUACCUUAUUCUACUCAGACUACUUCAGGUUCUGUGUAUAAUCCUCAUCUUACAGAUGCUCAGUUAACAAAUGUAUUGAGAAUUGGAGGAAAUAGAUCCUCUUUCAGAAACUCAAAUAUUAACUCUGAAAACUCUGAGGACAAUGUUUUAAAUUACUCUCGUGAUAUGCAUGCAGCUCAUGAGAGUAGGAGACCUGACAAACCACCUGACUAUGAAACAGCCAUUCAAAGGCUAGAGCUUCUGAGAAAUGAUAGGAAUUUUUCAAAAUUGUAUUCAAAUAACUGUAUGAAUUUUGAGGCCAUUCUGGAGCAAGCAAAGAAAAGGCGUGGACCUAAGAAAAGUGUCACUUUUUCGGACAAAGUUGUUUUGGUGGCAUGUGCAGGGGAUGAGGACAAUGAUUUCAUUCCAAAUCCCUUGUUAGAACGUGUGUACAAGCAGCAUUUUAUGCAGAAGCCAUGUACAGAAUCUACAGCAUGCUCUAAUCAAGAGUUUGGUUCAAAUUCAAAAAUGGGAAAAGAUAUAUCUGUACCUGAAAUGCCUGCUAUGGAUACUAAACCUCAAGAAUCUUCCAAGCAGCAAAUCCCCUCUCCAUGUAAUUUGUGCCACAAAAAAACAGUAGAAUCUCCGAAGUUGUAUUGUCCAGAUUGCGCAUAUUAUAUGUCAAGGUUUCAACAGAAAUGAGAUUAUUAUGGUACUUCAUAUUGUUUCAAUAAGUGUACAGUAAAAUAUAUUAAUUGUAAAUAAGAUGAAAUGCUCAAGAACAUAAUGUAAUUUUUGUGCAAUACAUGUUUUUUUUUAUUGAUAGCUUUGUUGAAUAUUCAUUAUGUAAAUUUUUUUUUGUUUUGUGUACAGCUUUUAGAAUUUAAAUUGUUAUUCGCACAUUACAUUUCAAAAUGCAUGUCAGUAUAUUAAUAUAUCUGUUAAACAAUUUCCAUUAUUCAUUUUACAUUCCUUCUGAUUUUAUUUCGUAUAUUAUUCCAAUUAUGGAAAUUCCUUUUUUACACAAGGGAUUACUGAUUCUUAUUUCAUUUUUGCAAUGUAUUGAAAUAAUUUUCAUUAAAAUUCCAUUUCAAAGCAUUUACAUAAUAUAUAUAAGAAUGAGUUCGGGCUGUGAUACGUGUAGUACAAAAUUAUUCCGAAUAUAAAUGCUAUUAAUUUAUAUAAGGUGUGAAGUACUUAAACAGGUUUACUUAAUUUUCCAUCUAUUGGUUGGAAAGUCCUUCUGAGCAUAUCUAAAACGAAUGUUUAAAAUUUGUGUCUAUUAUUUAAUUAUGCUAGCAUUUUAGUAUUAAAGUAUAGUUGAGCAAGUUAUAAGUAAUAAAUGUAAAAAAAAAAAAAAAAAUUACAAUUUAAGAGUUUGAGCAUUAUGUAAAAUUUAUCAAGUGUUGUUUUAAUAAAAAAUGAAAUUCUAUGCAUUUGUUUUCAAUUUCAUGCUCUGCAAAGUGCCAAAGUAGAAACAAACUCAUAGUUUGAAACAUAAAGGUAUUUUUUUACCACCGAUAUUUGUUUCAUAGAUUUUAUAUUUGUACAAAAGAUAAUUGUGCAUAUGUAGAUUGCUUCUGUUUUGUUUAAUAAU